CUCUAUGGCUUUUGUUGUGCAAAAUGGCGUUUAUUGCUUGUUAUUAUUGUAACGACGCAUCAUUAUGAGCAUAGAAAUUACUUAUUGACACCAAUAAUAAAUGUAGGAGGUAAGGACCAGCAAGGAUGGCAGAUUCCACCCUAUCAAGUUUAUCACCACCACCACCAUCAGACCUUGUGCCUGUGCUGCCUGGCGUUGACUGUGGAGUUGAAGCAGACAGCAACAGCACUGAGCUCAGGGUGCCAUGUAGUGGUGGUCCUGAUGAGAAGUUGUUGAAUGAUGUCAAUUCUGAUGUCAUUGAAGCUUCAACUUCAAAACCUGUCGACAGAAUUUUGAACAACAUCGAUGUUCAUCAGUCACCAGCCAUUUGCUCCAAAAUAGGCCACAUUGAAAGUAUAUCUGAUGGAAAAAAUAUUUCUAUAUCUGGGCCUAAUGAUGAUAUUUCUCUCAUGAAUAAUCCCAAUACUGAUGGGAGUCAAUCCAAUGACACAAGUCACCUGCAAUUGACAAAAACCAAUAUACAUUCUCAUUUUAAUUUGUGUUCAAAUAAAGCUGAUAGUGCCAAUGUUCUAGAAGAAGAGUCAAAGAAUAGUUUAAGUGUUUCUUCUGCAGAACUCAAUCAUUUACCUUCGUCUGUGCUUCCUACCCACAAUGCUUCAUUGCCUUGUCAGUCAGCAGUCAAAAUCAAUAACAUAGACAAUCGCGUUCCUCUUCUAGAACAACUCAGUCAUCCUGUUGUGAUGGACACCAAAGAAGAUUCAUUAUCUGUUAAUUCUAUUGACAGUUUGGCUUUUACCAAGAGUGGCAGUAGUUUGAGUUUGGAUGAAACCAGCAGCAAGGAUUCUCUACUAACAUCCACUGAAUCCAAGUCAAUGAGUUCUUCUCCUGAAGCUGAUCAGCUUCCAAAUGAUGGAAUGUGCUUAAAUAAUUUUGAGGAGCCUUCUGGUCCUGUUAGUUCGUGUUCAGAGCAUGUAGAAAUAAAAAUGAAGAUGUCUACACCAGAGUUACCCAAUAAAAAGUUGCCUGUGAAUACUGAAACAGAAGCAAAUUCAUCAUGCCAGCCAUCUGAUGCAUUGAACUGCACCAAUCCCUGUCAAGAACAUGUAACCCAAGAUAAUGUUGCAAAGCUGGAGCCCCUGCUAGUCACCAGUGCUUCUGAUAAUCCAUCAUUUAGCUCAAAUAGUUUAAUUGUAGAAUUAUCGGGUUCAACCCCUGAAUCAGCAGCACAAGCUGAUACUAUUGAAGCAUCCACUGUGCAUGCAGUAAAUGAGGUUGAUACAAAGUGUGAGGAUGGAUCUGAAGCAAAUGCACAUCCAGCAACAGGACAAAAUGAAACAAUUAAUCCAGUUACUGCAAAUAGUUCCCCAAAUCUUCCUGUAGAAAAUAAUUUAUCGAAUGCUGAUAAAACCUCUUCUUCUGAGGAAAUACAGUUAGAAUGUGCAUUAGAACUGCCUAGAUGCAUUGAUAGUGGGCCAGUGGAGUGCCCUGAAAAUUUCAGUCAGUCAGAAUUAUGUGCAUCAGCUACCAGGAACAAGUCAGAAAAUUCUUCCGAUGUCUAUGAGCAAACUAAAUGCACAUUGAACCCUGCGAAUGAUUUGGAAAACGAUAAUGUAAAAGCAGUUACUGUACCUAAAAUUAUUUUGCAGCAAGAAGACAAUGACCAAUUGAGUGAGGAAUCACACACUGACAAGUGCCAGGCAUCGGCUGAAGUUACAGAAGAGGCUGAAGCGGAUGUCAUGGAAACUGAACCGGUAAUUGAACUAUCAACAGCUUGUGAUGAAGCACCAAGUGGAUGUAAUGAAGUGUCAACUAAUCAGGUUAUUCAGGGUAACAUAGGGGAAGAUGCUGAUUUUUGUAAGAUGGAUACUGAUGUAGUUGAUGAAUCAGUUCAAAUCAAUUCUCUGGCUGAUGGAAAAUGUAAGAGCACAAGUGAAAAAGAUGUACCUGCGAUUUCAUUGCAUUCUACAACUAAAAUAAUUGCUGUGCCAACUGAUAUACCAAUCGUGACUGACAUAAUCAAAACUAGUUGUGCUGGUGCUGAAACUUUUGAAGAGCUUCCUGUCGAGUCAAAUUCGGUAUGCUCAGCAGCUGCUACUGAUAGAAAAGAUGCUGUGCAGCUCAAGCCAGCAAUGAAUACGGAAUUUAUGGCUGUUACUGCAGAAAAACCUCUCAAAGCUGAAACCUCCAGUAAUGAGGUGGAUGAAGCAAACAUUGAGCUCAGUACCCCUGAAUCAAGCACAGAUAAAAAUGUCAUUGAGAAGUGUAUAUUUCCUGAAAUAUCUCCUGCUCUGAAGACUGUUUCCAAUUUAUCUGAAAUCAUGAGCAAUGAAGAUUCUUCUGAGAGCAGUGCAGAGCUUGGUGCCUGCAAAUCACUUGAUGAGGAUCAGUCUGCAUCAAAUGAAUUAAUGCCUGAAGAAACGUCUCAUAGUCAGGACAGAAUGCAUGACAAUAACGAUCUUGCUGAGUCCCUUGCUUGUGAGAAUAGCAACGGUGUGUUGCAGACCGUGGUUGGUGGUGUGCUACAAGCAUUGGACGUGGCGGCUCUAGAGGCUCGCAAAAAGGAAGAGGAAGAAUCUGAUAAUAGGAAACUCUUUGUGGGUAUAGACGAGGAACUGCAAGACUCGGGCAACGUCCUAUCAUGCACUACUGCAAUGCAUGUACUGGAAAACGAUGCUGAAGAGACGGAUGGUAUUGGUGGUUUAGUCAUCAAUAGUGUUGUUGGUGCUUUUGGUGAGGCAGUUGAGGAAUCGGCUGAUGGUGAUUCCACAACUGAAUGUGACGGAAGGAGCAAAGAAUUUGCUGACAUCAGUUCCCCUUAUCUGAAUAUGAGCAAACCUACUUUUGCUGAGGAGUGUAAUGAUGAGAUGCAGUCUAAACGACCUCAGCUGGAGAACUCUGAAGCUGAAAUACAACGCCCGGUUAUUUUCAAAGUGAAGCCCGUAAAAGGUAUUGCCAACUCCUUUUGGGACUCUCCAAAGCUUCGUGCUGCUUUAGAAGAGAAAGGAACUGUUCUCUUGAGAUUGUGUACAGCUGAACCAACUGAAGAUUUUGAAAUUUCUGCCGACUUCAUCGGAGUCAUGUUGGACUGCUCUGAAGAGACAAUGUACGGUGGUUCUGCUGGGCACAGGAACGGUGGUCUGGACGUGUACUCGUUUGGACCUGAAGGAGGCUACCACCCUGGCGUGUAUCCUUCCUACGCAUACCAGCACGUCAGGAAUCCUGGAGCUGCCGAGGAAGACUUCGAAUCAACCGAAGAAAUGGAAGAAUCCCUCGACUAUGACGGCGCCAACCAGACCUUGGAGUGGCAAGGAAAAAAGGCUUCAGCUGCAUACGGUUCACAUCAGUUUAUGCCUCCUCCUCCCCCACUCACUUCUGGAGGAUACUACAUGCCAACCCCUGGAGGAGGACCUCCUCCUCUUUCCCCUCCUUUCAUGAGGGGCAAGCGUAAACAUGGCAUGAGAGGACGACCUCCGGUGCAUGUCAGGGGCGUCUAUCACAUGAUAGCUCCGGCGCCCGCGCCUGCUGCUGCUGGGCCUGUUUCUCCACAAAGGCCCGCACUAGGAGCGACCGUCGCGCUUAGCUAUCCUCAACAUCACUACUACAGCUUGCCUGCUCCGUACGUCUCAUCUGCCGGUCACACGCUUCCCUCCCCCUCGACCGCUACCGUCAAUACAGGAUCGAAAACGAAAGCUUCUGUAGGCUCUAAAACCGAUACCAAAGCAGAAGUGAAGUCGACUGGCAUCAUGUUCCGUCCACCAACGCCUCCGUUGCUCACAGAAAACUCUGGAGCUGGCGUCGUAUUAUCGGGACCUUUGAGGAGGUGUUCGUCGUUGCUAUCGGUGCGGCGGCCUGCUCCGGGAUCUAUACUAAGCCAACAAAUGAAGCUUCUACACAAGGAAGAGGACGACGAAGACUUCCCGAUUUGCGUCAAACCACAAGGUGGAAGAUUCCUGGGCAUGGCUAAAAAGAAGAAGGCUUCUCCUGUUGUAAAGAAUCAAAAAUUUUAUUGUGAUUUUUGUCCAUCCCGAUUUAGAAAAAGAGCAGCAAUGAUUGCUCAUGUGAAACACAAACACAAAUUUAUGAAAAAAUGCCCUAUUUGUAAUGUUGGGAUUAAGGUAACCGGAAAGUACAACAUGAAAUUCCAUAUGUUAAAGGAACAUAAGGAAGUUAACAGUUUUGCGUGUGGUGAUUGCGGUGCAGUUUUCAAGCUGCAGCAUCAUCUCAAGAAUCACGUGAGACUUGGCUGCGAUCCUUCAGAGCUCCAGUCUAACACUGCUGAAGCCACUGUAAACUGUGACCCUAGUCUCUCGAAGGCCGAUAUUCAGGUUCCGCCUGCUGAAGACCUUCAGAACGAUAAGGAACUCGAGUUGUUGGGCUCCGACGUAGUUGCUGAUCAGGACCAAGAAGUGCCUCCUGCUCGGGAGCAUCUUCAAAACGGUGAUGGUUUCGAUGACAGACCUGGUGCGUCCACCAACAAACGUAAGAGGAGUCGUCAGAGUGAGAGCGGAUCUGACGUUGAUGACAAAACCAAAGAAGAGAGUUCUAAGUCUAAGACCCAAAGAAUAGAGCCAGGUAUAUCAAAGCCUGCUAGUAAAAGACUGAGAGUUGAUUUGUCUUCUGAUAAUCUAGCUGGGAUGAACAAAGUGGGAAAUUCAAGCAAAGAAGCUCAUUCUGAAACGAGAGUCGCUAAAGUUCCAACUACAGAUAAAGGGUCCGAACCAAACCAAGAUGAGAGUGAGACUACUUCGCCUCGCCACAGUACAGCAACACAAAGCGAAAAGAUGAAACUUGGUGAAGAUAAAUGUGAUGGGAAACACGCUCCGUGUUCUAAAGGCGAAUCGGACCGAGAACGAGCAGAAACGACGGCCGAAGAGAGUGACUCUGCUAGCUCCAAACCUAAGCCAGCCAAAGUAUUGCGGAAGAGAGGCAGAAAACCCAAAUUAAAACCUCCCGUACAAGCCGACUCGUCGGAUGAGUCGGACCAUGGCGAGAGAAGUGAGCCAAGAACCGUUCUCCCGAUGUCGCGUACUAAUUCUGAAACAAAUGACGGGCCUCUAGAGUCUGAGGGAGAAUUGGACAAAAGGCUUGCGAAUGACUCGAAAAGUGCAAACUCUGAUGUUGAAAAUCAAUUCAAGUGCAAGAAAGUGCAACUCACCGAAGUUGCUAGUGUUGCCUCUGAAGAAUCUGAUAGUUAUGGCAACCAGAGCAAAGAUCAAUCUUCAAAAAGUCUGGUCAGCCGCCCGUCUGUGGUAGAUUCUUCUAAACCUGCGUCAGCUUCUGACGGAGAAAAAAUGGUUAAACGGGCUGAAAGUUCCUUGUCUAGACGCCACAGCAGAAUGAGAUCAUCUCCUUCUAGAUCUUCAAGGAGAAUGAAAAGUCCGGAUAUGGUAAUAGAGACAACAAAUGCCAAAGUGCAAUCUGUAUUAAAGAGACUAAAGAUUGACGACGGUCGUACAUCCAGGUCAAAUUCUGAUUCGGACGGUAGUUCUUCCGAGUCUGAAAUUGAAGAAAAGAAAAGAUUUUUCUGUACCAGUUGUGACGCUGGCUUUAGUCACGCAUUUAAAUUGAGGCAUCAUCGGCGAGAAGUGCAUGAAGGAGGAGGCGGGUCUGCUCUACCAUCAUCUGUAAAGGGAGUUAUAAAUGAAGCUGAGCCUGCGGCUCUUACCUGUACCGAGUGCGACAAACAGUUCCGCAACAAGUAUCAGCUCCGCCUUCACUCCCGUAUUCAUUCAAACAAUGUAAUAAAGUUGGUGAAAGCUCCAGGCAGGAAGCCUCUGGGAAGGCCUCCCAAAGAUAAAACGAAGCUCAUGCUCAGAAAUGCUGCUCUCGAACUUUUGGCUCGACAAGCGGCCGAAAUGCAAGAAGCUAAACUUUCAUCGUCGGUAGAAACUCCGGCGUUGAAUGAUAUCACUUCUUCUGUUUCAUCUUCAUCUGAGCCCAAAAGUAAUUCGAGCUUAAAUCAAUUGCCAUCACAUAUCAUAAAGAAAAGAAACUUGUUUGUCUGCACUAAAUGCAGUUUAACAUUCAAGAGGGAAAGCAGCGUAACAUACCACAUGAAGAAAAUACACGAGACAUUGUAUCCAUUUAAAGCAUGCCCUCACUGCGGUCGAAUAUUCAGAAGUUGUGGUCCGUACAACAAACAUUUAAGACUUCACUUGGUACGUCGUUGUCCAGUAGAGGGAUGCAAAGCACGUUACCGUAUUUUCAGAAAGAUGAAACAGCACCAGAAAACAUCUCACGAAGAUUAUCCCCACCGUUGCUCAAGUUGCGACAUGUUGUACAAAACUCAGGAUGAAUUGGAAGAGCACGCAAAAACGGCGCACGUUAAACUUGAAACACAAGACGAUGACGAGGAAGAUGCAAGCGAAGGCGAACAACAGCAAGACGAUGACGACGCAAAAGAAGAGCAACAGCACGACACCGAAGUGGAGGUAACAGAAGAGAAACCGCGCUUGUCGUUGAUUGACAAAAUUGAAAUUGAAAAUUUACCCAAUAAGCGGCGUACUCGAACUGAGUUAUCUUACAAGGAAGAUGAAGAAGAUGACUUGUUACUAAAGCGUAAGAAGCCUGCGUCACUCUCAAAGAAAUCGCCAUUUAAACUUAAAACCGGACUAAGCCAGGCAGCCUCGAAAGUUUCCGCAGGCGUUGAAAAUUGUCGUAGCAAAAAGAUUUUAAACGAAGUGGAAAAAUUGAAGAAAACAGACUUUGAUAUUUUUAAACGAAACGAUGAAUUGGAUCGAGGUUCUCGACGCAAGAGCAGUGAGGAAUCUAUCGGUAAUGAAAUCAUUACUGUUGUGGAACCUAAGAAGGUUAUCAAUAAAAAGAAGAUCUCGAUGAGUUGGACUGCCGCACUAAAGGCUAGAAUUAAGGCUGAAGCGCGUGCUGAGGCUUCCGGCAAACCGCUGCAGGCUUCAGGUCCUAAAGUUAAUCGUCCUAAGACGCCCAAGUCUCCCUCUGCUGUCAAGUCACCUAAAUCCACCUCAGGCAAUAAGUCACAUAAGCUUGCUGGUAACGCCAAGUCACCAAAAUCUCCUCCUGGGGUCAAACCUCCGAAAUCUCCAGCCUUCGCUGCUGCUGAAUCAGCUAAAGUUCCUCCGUCCCCCAGCGAAAUCGUGGCAAGCGAGAAUCUGGCGGCACUUGUCGUACGUCGCGUGGCGGAGACGCUGGCGUCGCAGGAGAUGGCUGACCUCAAGGUCCCUACGGCCGAGCCCUACACUCCCACCACACCAUCUCCCGCCUCCUCAGCGCCACCGCCGCCACCUACGCCUCCGCCAUCAGUUCCUACGCCUCCUUCAAUGCCGCCGCAUUACGCAGCCUACCCCACACCGUACGCUUUCCCGCACCAUUACUACGGGUAUCCUCCUCAUCUUCCACCUCAUCUCCCUCCUCCGAUGUAUCAUCAUUCGUUCCCUCCAUUCCACAGUCCUCACCCUCAUUUUCAGCAUGCACCUUAUCACCCACCCUACGCAGGCUCCGAAGACUCGUGUAGCAGUCUCGACACUCACCAGGAGAACUCAAGCAACUCCACGGACCGACCUGACUCGCCCAAUAAAGUCUUGCGUUUCGACAACUUCUAAUGAAAGAAUCUACAAGCACGCUAGUCUAUCGACUCGUACUGAACUUGCUGCAAAACUUUACUCCAAUUGAUAUACGAUAACAUUUCGAUGUCUUGCUAUGUUGGUUCAAGCACUUUCGGAUGUUUUUUUUAUGUGACGUUAAAAGAACGCGACCACUUACUAGUUCCCAUCGCUCAGUAUCAGUUCCUCGCUCGAGCGACUCAGUUCCUGUCUUUCAGUAUAUCAGUAUCGCUCGAGUUCCGUAGUCUUUUUAUUGAGAGAAACGUGUCUACCUCUAAUUUAUUCUGGUUACUAACCGAAGAUGCUCUGCAUAUUCUUGAAAACCCGGUGUCGUGCAUGACAAUUCGGUAUAAUUUAAGCGUUUAUUUAAAAUUAAUGAUAGAUUUUAGUGGUUGACAAUAUGAAUUUCUUGUUCCAAAUUGAUUUUGUGUUGGUGAAUCCGCCUUGUGGUCGGAUAAAACUGAAAUGACAUUUCCUUCUACAUUUCAUGAAAUUUUUGUGAUAUCGGUGUUUGUAAUUUGGAUGUAAACUUAUCGAAGAAUUAUAGACUCUAAUCCAUCGAAAGGUAUUGUGUGAAUUCUGAGGCUGAACAUCAACGCAUUAAAUAUCGUUCAAUUAAAAAUGGUAUACGACCGUGUGUUUAUUCGUAUUUCUAUCUCAAUGUUUUGAAUCGUUUUUAUAAAAGAAUGAAGAAAUUUUCAAUAAUACAGAUAUCUUAUGGGAUCGUUUGCUUUUAUAUUGGUCAAGGUACUUCUUCCCUUGUUUGCAAUCGCUGAAAGUUGUGUAGAGGAUACCUAACGCAAACCUGGAUUAUCUUAAGAGAAGUCAUCACUGUGACAUCAAAACGGUGUAUGAGAAUGUUGAAAUUCUUUACAUGCUAACUAAUUAUUUCAUUCAAUGGUUCUUGUCUACUCAUUUCUGCUAAAGGUCUCAAACCAAUGCAACACGCAUUGGUUUAAUGGUUGUGACACGAGUCUCGAGAGUCAUGGGUGCGUGUUUUACAUGAAAGUGUCUUGAAUGUUUUCUAUACCUUUGUAGUUCAAAUAUUUUUUGGUUUCAUGCGAACUCAUCCAUUCUGACUACAAUAAAAAUUACCGAUUUUAAAAAUUUUUGUUUUUUAGGUCGUGCUUCUAUUUAUUGUUACGCUUAAACAUCGUUCACUGCCAUGUUCAUUGCCAUUUAUUAGCUUCAAAAAGUUGACGUUCAUCUUCUACUUCUGAAUAAUCAAAAUGUUUCUAGUUUUAGUUGCCGUAAUCUUGGAGAAGAUUUGGUGUAUUAUUUACGCUUGACAUUCUCUUGUGUGUUGCGCUGUACCCGUACAAAAAUCUUAUGUUGGA